AUGACUGUCCAAUACACUCCAAAGGUCAAGGUUAACACCGACAAAGUCUCAUACACUGAGUCUGAACUCGUCUCAAAGUACUCUUACGCUAACGCCGUUGUCGAAAAGACCGACGAUGGCUUCAACGUGACUCCAACCACCGAGGACUACGACUUCAAGGUUGAUCUCAGAGUUCCUCGUCUUGGCCUCAUGUUGGUUGGUCUUGGUGGUAACAACGGAACCACUUUGGUUGCAUCCGUUCUUGCCAACAAGAACAAGGUUGUCUUCAACACUAAGGAGGGUCCUCGUACUGCCAACUACUACGGCUCCGUUACCCAGGCUGCUACUAUCAAGCUUGGAAUUGAUGCUGAUGGUCGUGACGUUUACGCUCCAUUCAACUCGCUGCUUCCUUUCGUUUCUCCAAAUGACUUUGUGGUUGGUGGAUGGGAUAUCAACAAGGCUAACCUUGCUUCUGCCAUGAGCCGUGCCCAGGUCUUGGAGUACGAUCUCCAACGCCAAUUGGCCCCCACCAUGGAGAAAAUUGUUCCUCUUCCUUCCAUCUACUACCCAGACUUCAUUGCUGCUAACCAGGAUGAGCGUGCCGACAACUGUCUCAACAGAGACCUUCACACGGGUGAGGUCUCCACUAAGGGCAAGUGGGCUCACGUCCAGAAGAUCAGAGAGGACAUUCGCGAAUUCAAGGCUGCUAACUCUCUUGACAGUGUGAUUGUCUUGUGGACUGCCAACACGGAAAGAUACUCGGAUGUCACCGAGGGCAUCCACGACACUGCUGAGAACUUGAUUGAUGCCAUCAAGAAUGAUCAUGAAGAGGUCUCCGCUUCCACCGUUUUUGCUGUCGCAAGUAUUUUAGAGAACACGCCAUACAUCAACGGAUCCCCACAGAACACCUUCGUCCCCGGGUGCAUCGAGCUUGCCGAGAAGAACAACACCUUCAUUGGCGGUGAUGACUUCAAGUCUGGUCAGACCAAAAUGAAAUCUGUGCUGGCACAGUUCCUGGUUGAUGCUGGUAUCAGACCAACUUCCAUCGCCUCCUACAACCAUCUCGGUAACAACGAUGGUUACAACCUGAGUGCACCUAAGCAGUUCCGUUCCAAAGAGAUCUCAAAGGCUUCUGUCGUUGACGACAUAAUUGCUUCCAACGAGAUUCUUUACAACGACAAGCUUGGAAAGAAGAUUGACCACACCAUUGUGAUCAAGUACAUGAAGGCCGUUGGAGACUCUAAGGUCGCUAUGGACGAGUACUACUCUGAGCUGAUGCUUGGCGGUCACAACCGUAUCUCCAUCCACAACGUUUGUGAAGACUCUUUGCUCGCGACUCCUCUGAUCAUUGAUUUGGUUGUCAUGACCGAGUUCUUGUCGAGAGUCUCCUACAAGAAGGCAGGUUCUACUGACUACGAGUCUCUCCACGCAGUUUUGUCCUUCCUUUCCUACUGGCUUAAGGCUCCUCUUACCAGACCAGGAUACGAGGCCAUCAACGGUCUCAACAAGCAGCGCGCUGGUCUUGACAACUUCUUGAGACUUUUGAUUGGUCUUCCAUCGCUGAAUGAGUUGAGAUUUGAGGAAAGACUUCAGUAG